CGGUGCCCGGCGGGGCUGACUGGCCGGAGCGGGCACUGCCGGGAGGCCCGCAGCCGGUCGCCAGAAUGGUGCAGUUAUACAACCUGCAUCCGUUUGGCUCGCAGCAGGUGGUGCCCUGCAAGCUACAGCCCGAGCGCUUCUGCGGCGGGGGACGCGAUACGCUAUUCGUGGCGGCUGGCUGCAAGGUGGAGGCGUUCACUGUGGUCGGCCAGGAGCUGUGCCAGCCGAGAUGCGUCUUCUCCACGCUGGGCAGGGUGCUGCGCCUGGCCUACAGUGAGGCCGGAGAUUAUUUGGUAGCAAUUGAAGAGAAGAACAAAGCUACAUUCCUGCGUGCUUAUGUGAACUGGAGAAGUAAAAGGACUGAAAACUCCCGAGUGUGUAUCCGGAUGGUCGGGCAUGACAUGGAGGCACCCUUCAGCGAAACCUUCAGAGAGCAGAUGUCUAUUGUGGAAAUGCCACUUUCUGAGGCCCCCCUGUGCAUUUCCUGCUGCCCUGUGAAAGGAGACCUUCUUGUUGGCUGCACCAAUAAUUUAGUCUUAUUUAGUUUGAAGUAUCAGAUAAUUAAUGAAGAAUUCUCGAUUUUGGACUUUGAACGUUCUUUAGUUAUCCACAUAGAUAACAUCACCCCUGCUGAAAUUUCUUUCUGUGUUGGGUAUGUCGCUGUCAUGUCAGAGUUAGAAGUCUUAAUCGUAAAACUGGAGUCAGACCCCAAAAACAGAGAGAGUGUUAACCACUAUCCACGUAAGACCACCAAUCCCAUGAAACAGGCAGAAGGCAUCAGUAAUGAAACUUCACAGCUUGAGUCAGAUGAUUUUGUUAUCUGCCAAAAGCCCAUGGAACUUCUUGGUGAAAAAAGCAAACAGUCAGGAAUAUCUGUUACACUGGAGUCAACGGGAUUAGCUGAUGAAAAAAUAAAGUAUUUCCACGUUCGGCACCUGCUCUAUAGGCGUUUCGCUCCUGAUAUUUCUUCCUGUCUCUUGUCUGAUGUCAGGUUGCAUUCACUUCAGCUUCUACCCACUUACCAAACAGGGUCUUUUACUUCUGAUAGAAAAAAUUCGUCUCAGGAAAAAGUGUUGCUGAGUCUGUUUUGUUUUUUCUCAUUACCUCAUGUGGGCUACCUGUACAUGAUUGUCAAAUCUGUUGAAUUAAUGUCGGUUUACCAAUAUCCCGAGAAAUCUCAGCAGGCGGUGCUUACCCCACAGUUUCUGCAUGUCAUCACAAGUAACAACCUGCAGUGUUACACAGUGCGGUGCAGCGCGGCGGCCGCGAGGGAGGAGGACCCGUAUGUGGACACCACCCUGAAGGCUUGCCCACCUAUCAGUAUGGAUGUCUGUGCUUUAAGAAUACAGCUUUUCAUAGGCUUGAAAGCCAUCUGUCACUUUAAAAACCACAUUGUACUUCUGACCAAGGCAGACCCUGAAACCGUUCCAGAGAGAAGAGAGUCACCCAAGAGGUUUCUUUCUAGAAAAGGUACCAGUGUUAAUCCCAAAACACCUCCUGUAGCUGAAGCUGGGUGGAAUUUGUAUAUUGUGAAUACGGUCUCACCAGUGCAACUGUACAAAGAAAUGGUAGACUACAGUAAUGCCUACAAGACUGCAAAAACCCAGAGCUGCAUCCACCUUCUCAGCGAGGCUCACUUGUUAGUGAGAGCGGCCCUGAUGGAUGCCAGUCAGCUGGAACCUGGAGAAAAGGCAGAGCUUUUAGAAGCAUUUAAAGAAAGCUGUGGGCACCUUGGCGACUGCUAUAGCAGGCUUGAAACCCAGCAUUCCCACCUGGCCUUGCCAUACUAUAAGAUGUCUGGUUUGUCUAUGGCGGAAGUUUUGGACCGAGUGGACUGGGCAGUAGAGGAUGGAUCACAGAAAUACGAGCGGGGAUUAAUCUUCUACAUUAAUCAUUCACUUUAUGAAAACCUGGAUGAAGAAUUAAGUGAAGAAUUGUCAGCAAAAGUAGUUCAGAUGUUUUAUGUGGCUGAGCCGAAGCAACUGCCACAUAUUCUCUGUAGUCCUUCUAUGAAGAAUAUUGAUCCUUUAACUGCCAUAAAAUAUUUAAGGAAGCUGGAUACUUCUGGAUUUUCAUCAGUUUUAGUGACAUUGGCCAAGGCAGCAAUGGCUUUGAAAAUGGGAGAUCUUGACAUGCACAGGGAUGAAAUGAAAAGCCAUUCAGAGAUGAAGUUGGUAUGUGGCUUCAUUCUGGAACCUCGGCUAUUGAUUCAGCAGAGGAAAGGACAGAUUGUUCCAACUGAGUUUGCAGUUCACUUGAAGGAGACUCAGCCUGGAUUGCUUGUGGCUUCAGUCCUGGCCUUACAGAAGAACAACAAAAUUGGAAUUGAAGAAGCAGAUUCCUUCUUUAAGGUGCUUUGUGGUAAAGAUGGAGACACGAUCCCUCAGCUCUUAGUGGACUUUUGGGAAGCUCAGCUGGUAGCCUGUCUCCCAGAUGUGGUGCUUCAGGAACUUUUUUUCAAGCUCACAUCACAGUACAUCUGGAGAUUAUCGAAGAGGCAGCCUCCUGACACCACACCAUUGAGAACAUCAGAGGACCUGAUAAACACCUGUAGUCAUUAUGGCUUAAUAAAUCCAUGGGUUAAUGUCUUAAUCUCAUCCGAAUCUUUAGUCGACAAAAAUUAUAUGGAAGACCUUUCAAAAUUACAGUCUCUUAUAUGUGGUCCUUCAUUUGACAUAGCUUCCAUCGUUCCAUUCUUGGAGCCACUCUCAGAAGAUACUGUUGCUGGCCUCAGCGUCCAUGUUCUGUGUCAUACGCGUUUGAAAGAGUAUGAGCAGUGCAUAGACAGGCUGUUAGAGAGAUGCCCUGAGGCAGUCAUCCCAUAUGCUAAUCACGAGCUGAAAGAAGAGAAUCGGACUUUGUGGUGGAAAAAAUUGCUGCCUGAACUUUGUCAGAGAAUAAAAUGUGGUGGAGAGAAAUAUCAACUUUAUUUAUCAUCACUAAAAGAAACACUGUCAGUUGUUGCUGUGGAACUAGAACUAAGGGAUUUCUUAAACGUCCUCCCAGAAGAUGGCACUGCAGCGUUUUUCUUGCCGUAUCUUCUUUACUGCAGUCGAAAGAAAUCAUUGACUUGAAAGUAUCAUUUGAAAGGUGCCACAAUGGCACAUGGCACUGAAUCUUGAAAAGCUGAAUGCCGUAUAAAAUAUAUAUAUAAAGGAUUUUUAUAUUGAAUAUGUACAUACACUGCAAAUGUUUUCAGUCUGCUUGCAAAGUCGCUUCAGUCCUGUGCGACCCCAUAGACAGCAGCCCACCAGGCUCCACCGUCCCUGGGAUUCUCCAGGCAGGAACACUGGAGUGGGUUGCCAAUUCCUUCUCCUUCAGUCUACUUACCUCAGUGUUAUUACUAAUUUCAUAAUUUAUGACCUGAGUCCAUUUAAUUGUCCAGAAUGUUAAAAGGCUACAAGACAUUGGAAUUCCCUCAAAGAAAGCACAUAUUUUGAAAGAUAGAGGCUGACUUUUAUACCAAGAAACAUCAGUUUACUGUUGUUGGAGCCACGACAGUCUUUUUCAUCCCAGGAACAUAAAACAGUUUGUAAGUGUGUUCAGAAGAGUGUCCUUCCAAGUAGUCCAGAAUUCAAUCUUCUUGAUUUUUCCAGAUUUUUCUACUGUGUCACUUUUAAAAACAGUAAUUUUCCUUGAGAAAGAUUUUAUUGUUUUCCCACAGUAAAAGAUAUCAAACUUUAUUUUCUUGUUACUUUCCAAGCUCAUGUUGAGUUUCUCUGAAUCAAUUGAAAUAAAAGUUUACAAAGCUGA